ACGUUGUGGGUGCGCGGGGCUGCGGCCACGGCGGCAGUGGCGGCAGCGGCGGGAGCCGCGAGUCGGGGCCGCCCGGGCUGCGCUUCGCCCAGGCAGCAGCGGCGGCGGAGGCGCCUGUGGCUCAGGAUGCGGCCGGGGGGCGCGCUGCUCGCCCUGCUCCCUAGCCUGCUGCUGCUGCUUCUGCUGCGCCUGCUCUGGUGCCCGGCAGACGCGCCCGCCCGCGCCAGGAUCGUGGUGGAGGAAAGCAGGGAAGCCACCCACGGCACUCCCGCAGCGCUGAGGACGCUCCGGAGCCCGGCGACCGCGGUACCGCGCGCCACGAACAGCACAUAUCUGAAUGAGAAGUCGCUCCAACUGACGGAGAAAUGCAAAAAUCUGCAAUAUGGCCUUGAGUCUUUCUCUAACAAAACGAAAGGGUAUUCAGAGAAUGACUACCUUCAGAUUAUCACAGAUAUACAGAGUUGUCCAUGGAAACGGCAAGCAGAAGAAUAUGCAAAUUUCAGAGCAAAACUUGCUUCCUGCUGUGAUGCUGUUCAGAACUUUGUUGUAUCUCAGAAUAACACUCCAGUUGGGACUAACAUGAGUUACGAGGUGGAAAGCAAAAAAGAAAUCCCAAUUAAAGAGAACAUUUUUCAUAUGUUUCCAGUGUCCCAGCCUUUUGUGGACUACCCUUAUAAUCAGUGUGCGGUGGUCGGAAAUGGGGGAAUUCUGAAUAAGUCUCUUUGUGGAGCUGAAAUAGAUAAAUCCGACUUCGUUUUUAGAUGUAACCUCCCCCCAACCACAGGAGAUGUUAGUAAAGAUGUUGGCAGUAAAACAAAUCUUGUGACUAUAAAUCCCAGUAUCAUAACUCUGAAAUAUGGGAACUUAAAGGAAAAGAAAGCCCUAUUUCUGGAGGACAUUGCAACCUAUGGAGAUGCAUUUCUUCUUCUGCCAGCAUUUUCCUUCAGGGCCAAUACGGGUACCUCUUUUAAAGUGUACCACACACUCAAAGAGUCUAAAGCAAGACAAAAGGUUCUGUUUUUCCAUCCCAAGUACCUGAGACAUCUGGCCCUUUUCUGGAGAACUAAAGGUGUGACCGCGUACCGCCUGUCCACCGGUUUGAUGAUCACAAGUGUUGCAGUGGAACUGUGUGAAAACGUGAAGCUGUAUGGAUUCUGGCCCUUCUCUAAAACUGUAGAAGACACACCUGUCAGCCAUCACUAUUACGACAACAUGCUACCUAAACGUGGUUUCCAUCAGAUGCCCAAAGAGUACAGCCAGAUCCUCCAACUUCAUGUGAAAGGAAUCCUCAAACUGCAAUUUAGCAAAUGUGAAGUUGCCUAAACAAAGUAUCUUAAAAUGGGAAUAAUUUUAUAUUGCAGUAGGUGAGUAACAAUGUCUCCAAGCACCAAAGGAGGUGGCUACUAUUCUAAGAUGAGACCCAAAGUUUGGUUUGACCAAAGCUGCCCCACUCAUUUUGCUACCAUGUCAAGUCAUUCAAUCCUUCUGAUCUUCAUUUUUUCUCUUUGUAAAAUGGUCACCGUGAUAUCUGACUCAUACAAAUAAAACGUGAUAAUUUAUGAAA